AUGCCUACGCCGUCCCGAAGUGCGCGCAGAGUAGCAUCCUCCCAAUUGGCACAGCCGACUACGUCAAACACGCCCUCGAAGCGCAAGCGAGAUGAAGACCAAUCGUCCGUAUACGAUGACUUUGAAGGUGCGCAUGCCGCUGUCACGCCCCUGAAACGUCCGCGGAGAGGGCUCGUGAGCGUACCAAGUAGAGUUGAAAGUCCAAGGAGUAAAGAAACAGGAGUGAAAGGAACACCCCGAAAGCUGGCAAAGACAAGUCCUGUUAUAGAAGAUGACGAGCCAGCUCAGACUCGAACACCACGACGAAAAAAUGGAGCAGCAUAUCGUGAGCCUGGAGCCACACCACAGAGCAAGAAAAAGCAGCCUCGAAAGAAUGAUGUAGUCGACGACCACAAUGAAGGAACGAACCAUGGCACAGAGCAGGAUGAUGAGGAUGAACUGGCGCCAAAGCCAGUGUCUACACCAAAGACACCGAAAAGCAGGAAGAAUCGCGCGCUAGAUAUGCUCGCGAUUGACAUGUUACCGUCAGGCGCGAAGGCGCCGAGAUCAUCGGUGACGCAGAGUAGGAACAUACCCAUACUGGCGGACGAAGGCGAGGUGGACGGGUCAAUGGAUAUGGAACACAGCUAUACACCGGGAAGAACCCAGAAGCAGAUGCCACGGACUCCAUUCACGAAGAAACUGCUGGAACUCAGCCCCAAUGGAGUUGCACAGAACAGGCCCGUAGCAGAAUGGACACCGAAGAAACCUAUCAGCUCCUUGCAGACUGGCGACGUCGAUAAUCUGGGUCAGCUCAAGCUGCCUCGUGAUGCCAAAGAACAGUUCCAAGCUUUCCUUCCAAUUCUCCUAGAGAGAGUGACCAGCAAACGAGAAGGCCCGCUUGUAGGUCUCGAUGAAGAGUACGCCAAAGUGCAUCAACUACUACUCAACACAGUCGAGGCAGGGGAGGGCAAUUCGAUGCUACUCAUAGGAGCUCGGGGGAGUGGCAAGUCUGCUCUUGUACGUAAGGCAAUAUCUGCUCUUUCAACAGAUCAUGCGGACGACUUCUACACCAUACACCUGAACGGAUUUAUACAUACGGACGACAAGAUCGCACUGAAAGAGAUAUGGAGGCAGCUCGGAAAAGAGAUGGAAGUGGACGAUGAUAGCAAGAACUAUGCUGAUACUUUGCUCAAGCUUCUGGCGCUCUUGUCGCAGCCCACUGAGCCCGAUAAUGAAGAAGCUGGGAGAGUAGCGAAGGCAGUGAUAUUCAUAAUGGACGAGUUUGACCUCUUUGCUUCGCAUCCUCGACAAACCUUGUUAUACAAUCUCUUCGACAUAGCACAGUCACGCAAGGCUCCCAUCGCGGUACUCGGCCUUACAACACGGAUAGACGUGGCAGAGAGCCUCGAAAAGCGUGUCAAGAGUCGCUUCAGUCAUCGCUACGUCCACACCUCACUAUCGAAAAGCCUGCCUGCAUUCCGCGAUCUCUGCAGAACCCUUCUCACCAUCGAACCGACCGAUCUCUCCGACACCGACCGCCACUAUCACACCUUCACACCCAAAUCACAGCCAAAAUCAAAAACGCCAACAUCCCCCGAGCCCUUCCUCACCGCCUGGAACUCCGCCAUAGCCGCCCUCUUCGCCCACCAACGCUUCAUCUCACGCACUCUGGCGCCCAUCUUCCACACCACAAAAUCGCCCGCUGCCCUCCUCUCCACACUACACCCAUACAUCGCCUCCCUCUCCAAGCACUCCACGCCCCCAACCCGCAGCACCCUCGUCUCAUCCUGCCUCGCCCACCACCAUCUCGCGCCGCCCUCCGCGCCAGACUCCAAACUGCACCUCCUGCCUUCUCUCUCCGUCCUCGCCCUCUCUCUGCUCAUCGCCGCCGCUCGCCUCGACAUCAUCACCGACGCGCCCAGCUGCAACUUCAACAUGGCGUAUGCAGAGCUGUAUGCGCUAGCAACGCGCGCGCGCAUCAGUGCUGCGGCGUCUGGUCAGGCGGCUGUUGGCGCGGGUGUGCGUGUGUGGGGCCGCGAAGUCGCGCGGCGCGAGUGGGAGAAGUGUGUUGGAUGGGAGCUGUUGCUGCCUGUUGUGGCGGGCGCGGCAGGUGCGGCGCUGGCGCCCACGAGUAUGGUGCGCGCGGAUGUGAGCCUGGAGGAGAUUGCGGGAGUAGUGGGUGGCUUGGGUGUGGAUCGUGUUGUGGAGGGCUGGUGUAGACAGUUAUGA